AUGGCGAACGUAGUGGAUCAAGAUCAGCAAUGGCUACUCAAUUGCUUGUCUGCCACCCUCGACCCCAACCCGGAGGUUCGCUGUUUCGCGGAAGCAUCCCUCGACCAGGCCUCUCGCCAACCAGGUGUUCUGCUUGCGGAUGGUGAUGGGUUUCGGAAAUUGAGUUUGUUCGACAAUGCUGUUCUUUUUUGUGUGACUAAAAGAAUGAGAGCAGUGGUUUUCGGUUUUGGCAGUGCAUUAUCAAAAGUUGCUGCAAACAAGGAACUCGCGGUGGGACUGCCCGCAGUCCUUCUUAAGCAGUUAGUUAAAAAGCGUUGGGAGGAGGGUGAGGAGACCUUUGAACCUCCUGUUGUUUCUAGUGAUGAAAAGGAAAUCAUCCGAAGAAUGCUUCUAUUGGCAUUGGAUGACCCUCAUAGGAAAAUUUGCACGGCCAUUGGUAUGGCUGUGGCAUCCAUUGCAGUGCAUGACUGGCCAGAAUUGGAGUAUCAGAAUGGAGUGUAUGAGAAAGCAUCUAUUGAAGGAACCGAAGAUUCAUAUGAUGGAAGAUAUGAUUCUGAUGGUUCAGAGAAAAACCUUGAUUCAUUUGUUAUCCAGCUAUUUGAACUCAUGUUGACCAUUGUGGGUAACCCAAGACUGGGAAAGGUGGUUGUGGCUAAUGUCAGUGAAUUGGUGUACUAUACUAUUGCUUUUCUUCAAAUGACAGAACAGCAGUCAUAUGCCAGCAUAAAGGAUUACGGAGUGGACGAGGUUCCCAUCACUAUGGACCUCCCAAAGUAUGUUCAUACAUGGUCUGUGGAUGCUAACCAAUUCAUUGCUGAUGAAGAAGAUGCCACCUAUAGCUGCCGCAUCUCUGAGGUUGUGAAUUCUUUUGAUGGUGAAGGAAUGUUGGCCAUCAUAGACGCAACAAAACGAUGGUUCAAUGAGUCUCAAAUCAGAAAAGCAGCUGGCAAUGCAAGCUGGUGGAGGGGAACCUUUGAAAACUUUCACGUGUGUGUGUAUCCAGAUAUUUCUGUGUUUGAGACUUGUGGGGUUGGGUUUGUGCUCAGGGAGACUACCCAGAUAAUGAAGGUUGUUGGCACCUUGGGAUGUGAUAGGUGGAACUUGACUGGAGACAAUGAGUGGGACCAAACCCACUCUACCAAGUUCAAACAACUAUUUGAGACUCAGGAAACCAGGAUUGAUACACGUGACUUGAAGCACCUGGUUGAGCAGAUUUUCGCAGAAGACUCUCUAAUAGGUCCUCUUGAAUAUCCAUUUUUAUAUGCUCGCAUUUUUACUUCAGUUGCUAAAUUCUCCUCUUUGAUAAGCAAUGUUUUACUAGAGCAAUUUCUCUAUUUAGCAAUGAAGGCAAUUACUAUGGAUGUGCCUCCACCUGUAAAAGUAGGUGCCUGCAGAGCACUUUCUAACCUCAUUCCUGAAACAACAAAUGAAAUUGUCCAAUCGCAAUUGUUGGGUUUAUAUUCAUCCCUCACAGAUCUUCUAAAUCAUGCAUCAGAUGAAACCUUGCACAUGGUACUUGAUACAUUGCUUGCUGCAGUAAAAGCAGGUCGUGAAUCAUCAACAAUAGUCGAAAACAUGAUUUCUCCUGUAAUCCUUAAUCUGUGGGCAUCCCAUGUUUCGGAUCCUUUUAUCAGUAUUGAUGCACUUGAAAUUCUUGAGGCUAUCAAAAGCAUUCCUGGAUGUAUACAUCCAUUGGUUUCCAGAAUUUUGCCGUUUAUUGGACCAAUUUUGAAUAAAAAUGCCGCUGCUGAUGUAGUAAAAGCAAUAUAUGAUGUCUCUUUUAAUGCUGUUAUCAAAAUAAUCCUUCAAAGUGAUGACCAUAGUGAAAUUCAGAAUGCUACAGAAUGUUUAUCUGCAUUUAUAUCUAGUGGAAGACAGGAAAUUCUUGCAUGGGGAUCUGAUUCUGUAUCAACUAUGAGAAGUUUACUUGAUAUAGCUUCAAGACUACUAGACCCGAAAUUGGAAAGCUCUGGGUCUCUCUUUGUUGGGAGUUACAUUCUUCAACUUAUUUUGCAUUUACCAUCACAGAUGGCAGUACAUAUACGAGACUUGGUUGCUGCACUCGUCAAACGCAUGCAAUCUUCUGAAAAUGCUGUCUUGCGAAGCUCAUUGCUAAUUGUUUUUGCUAGACUGGUACACAUGAGUGUUCCUAAUGUUGGACAAUUUAUUGAUUUGCUGAUCUCAAUUCCUGCGGAAGGACAUGCUAAUUCGUUUGCUUAUGUAAUGUCAGAAUGGACUAAGCAGCAAGGUGACGUACAGGGAGCGUAUCAAAUAAAAGUAACUACAAGUGCCCUGGCCUUGUUGAUAACCAGUAGGCACAAUGAAUUGGAAAAAAUACAUGUCCAAGGUCAUCUGAUUAAGUCUGGUGUGGGAAUAACCACAAGAUCAAAAUCUAAAUCAGCUCCAGAUCAGUGGGUAAUAUUGCCACUCCCUACCAAGAAAAUAUCUAUUCUGGGCAAGCAAAAUAGGGUUGUGGGGGAGAUUCACUGCACUGAAAUUAUCACACUAGACCAACAGAGUGUGAUAGUGGCUUCGUUGGCUGAUGCAUUAACUGAAAUACAAGAACAAGUUUUGGUAGCUGAUGAUGUGGAUAGUGACUGGGAAGAAGUUCGAGCAGAUGGUAAUGAAAAUGAUAGAGGAUUUCUUUAUUCAAUGUCUUCAUCUUCGGGAAAAGCCACUGAUGAACAUCUCGAAGCAAUGGCAAAAGUAUUUAAUGAGGAUCGAGAUGAUCAGUAUGAAGAUGACCUUUUAAGUGUAGCUGAUCCUCUCAAUCAGAUAAAUCUGGCAAAUUACCUUGUUGAUUUCUUUGUUAGCUUUUCUCAGUCUGACAGACAGCUCUUAGAUCACAUUUGCGAGAGCUUGACUCGGUCUCAACGAAAUGUCAUUCAAAUGAUACUGAAGGGAUGA